AUGAGUGGGAAAGUCCAAUAUGGUCCAGAAGAAACAUUUGUUUACAAUCUCUCGGACAAGUUGCUUGAUUCCUUGCAAUUGAUGUAUUUUGAUAGUUCAACUACUCAAGAAGUUUUGCCACAAAAAUUAACAACAGAAGCAUUAUCCAAACAUGAUGAACAAUCUUCAAAAGAAGUCUCACCAGGUCCCAGACCAGUUAAAGAUAAAGAGUAUUACAAGUCUGAUUUACAUAGGUUUAAUUUGAAAAGAGAUAUGAAAGGUCUUCCAAGAUUAACUGAAGAACAAUUUGAAGAAUUAGCUGGUGAUUUAGAUGAAAGUAUAUCAGGUUCAGAUUCAAGUGAUACUGAAACUGAUGAAGAAGAUGAAUUAUAUGAAAGUAAAAAGGAUAAAAUAGAUACUCUGUUUGAGAAAAAUGUUCAACAAUUACAAGAUUUGAAAUUACAAGAAUCUGAUAGUAUUGUUAGUCAUCUUGCUACAAGAUCUCCAUAUAUAUUAUUUAGAUCUUCAUUAUUAAAAGAAGAUCAAUUAUUUGGUAUUUAUAAAUCAUUAUUUAGUUUAAAACAAUUGGAAUCUCCCUUAGAAGCUUUAAAAGAAUGGAAAUCCUCAAAACCUAGAAAAUCUGCUUUAUUAAUGAUUGGCGGUGGUCAUUUUGCUGGUGCUAUUAUAAAUCAUCAGCCAAAAUCAACAAAGGGGAAUGCUGUUAAACCAGGUGAAAAUAUCUUGGAACAAAGUGUUGAUCUAGUUGUUAAUAAAUCAUUCCAUCGUUAUACAACAAGAAGAAAACAAGGUGGUUCUCAAAGUGCAAGUGAUAAUGCUCAUGGUAAGGCAAAUUCUGCAGGUUCAAGUUUAAGAAGAGCAAAUGAAAUUGCUUUACAAAAUGAAGUUAGAUUAUUAUUACAAUCUUGGAAAAAGGAAUUAGAUGAAUGUGAAUCUAUAUUUAUAAGAGCAAAUGGGUCAUCAAAUAGAAAUAUUAUUAUUGGUUAUGAAAAUGCAGUUUUACAAAAUAAUGAUGAAAGAUUAAGAUCUUUCCCAUUUACAACAAAGAGAGCUACAACUUCUGAAUUGAAAAAAGCUUGGGUUAAUUUAACUUAUUUAAAUUUAACUGAAAGACCUAAAAUUGAUGAUAAAAAAUUAAAACAAAAACAACAACAAGAACAAAUUGAACAAUCAAAAAUUCAAAAAUUAAAAGAAACAAAAGCAAAAUCACCUCAAGAGAUUCAUACAACUGAAUUAAUCUCAUUUUUGAAAAAAUCAAGAGGUCCUGUCCUUAUAACUUAUUUGAAAAAAAAUAAACUUGAUUUUAAUUUUACACUUGAACCUAAAAAUGAAUAUUUCACAACUCCAACUUUAUUACAUUUUGCAUCAUCUCAUGGUAUCAAGAAUCUUAUACCAAUUUUAAUUAAAACUGCCAAAGCAGAUCCAACUAUUCAAAAUUCUAAUGGGAAAACUCCAUAUGAUUUAAGUGCAAAUAAACAAACAAGACAAGCUUUCCAAAUUACAAGAUAUGAAAUUGGUGAAGAUAAAGGAAUUGAUUGGGAAUUAGCACAUGUUGGUAAGGCAAUUAGUAGAGAAGAAGUUGAAAAAUUAGAAUCUGAGGAAAAAUUAAAAGAAGAAUCUGAUAAACAAAAUUUAAUUAAAGAAGAAUUAGCUAAGAAGGAGGAAAUUUUAGAACAAAAUAAAAAAAAUGGUGUUUCUAAACAAUUAGGUGGUGUUAGUAUGAAUCAAGUUAAUAUUAAUUCUCUUAGUGAUGAUCAAAGAAUGAGAUUAAUGAGAGAACAAAGAGCAAGAGCUGCAGAAGCAAGAUUUAAACAACAACAAAAGUAG